AUGGCACUGCGGCAGCGGAUGGCGGUGGUGAGCCGCAUGCAGCCAUUCCGAGCAGGUGUAGGCCGAUGUGUGCAGCAGAGGAGCUUCGCUUUCCGGGAAGACCAACCGGAGAUGCUCUUCAGAGUCAAGGGCGAAGGAGUGGAGAUGGCGAAGUUGGCAGGAGGUGUAUACCUGCGAACCGAGCGAAGGCAAGUCACGUUUCUUGAGGGCAUGGGCCCCAAGAGCAUCGACAACUGCUUGAAGGCCGUGAUGCUGGUGAACAAAUUCGCAGAGGCCAAACGAAACGGAGAGAGCGCCGGCGAGGCGCCAUGGUUCCAUCGGGUUGGCUUUGUCCCCCAGCUACGGAAGAGAGAUACCACCUACUGGAUCAGCAUGAAGGUCGUAGGGUUGCAGAAGCCCUACACGCCAUACCCUGCGCCGGAGCAGGACAGAUUGAGAGUGGGACGGGACACACCGAUUGAGAAGCUUGCCGCGGCCGUCAACACCUGCUGGAUGCACAGGUGUGCUGGAGAGAGGUCGGAGCCAUUGGUGUGCGCCAUGGGCCCUCAAAGCGUAAGCUUGGCUGUCAAAAGCAUUGCUCGGUGUCUCAAAGACAUGAGUGAGCCAUCAUCUCAAGCUUGA